CGCUCCCCCUGCUGCCCCGGCAUGACUCAGCCGCAUCGGCCGCCAGGAUGAAGAGCUGCUACCCAGGGGCAGCUUGGGUGAUCCUGGCAGGCCUGUGGCUAGCAGCAAGCGAAUCACAGCCCCCGGGGUGCCAGGACUGUGCCGUGCUGCCAGGGCGGCAGGUCCUGGUGCAGCCACCCACCCGCCUGCGGAGGUUGGCUGCCAGACCCCCCUGCCCCUCUGGCAUGAACUGGAUUGAGGGAGCUCGUCAGUGCUGUGCCCAGUGUCCUGCAGGGAUGUUCCUGGUCAGACCCUGCUCGAGCCAUGGUAAUGACACCGUCUGUGCCCCCUGCCCCCCUGGAACCUUCCGCACCCUACCCAACACCUUCACCAAAUGCCAGGCUUGCUACGAAUGCGCCCGCCAAGACUUCCAGAGCGUGCUCAGCAACUGCUCAGCCACCAGCAAUGUCGUCUGUGGCUGUGAGCCUGGCCGCUUCCGUGACUGCCUCGACGAACACUGCACCGAGUUCUCCUGUCGACAGUGCCAGCCCUGCACUGGGCAGCUCAUCCAGCGACCCUGCUCGGAGGAGCAGGACACGCUCUGUGGCAGCUGCAAACCUGAUUUCUAUGCUGAGGGCAGCGAGUGCCGGCCAUGCCACACGAGCACCCCGGAGACAUGCAGCAAGGAGUGCCAGCGGGUGUGUGGUGUUGGCCGAGGCUUAGGGCUGGAGUACAUCCUGCUGGUGCUCACUGGGCCCCUCUUCCUGGGCGCCCUUGUUAUUUACCACAAGAGGAAGCGGUUCCGGCACGAUGCCCUGCCAACCAGCCCCCUGCCAGCAGCACAGGUAGCCACCUCCAGGGCUGGGGCUGUGGCCACGUCAUGCUGCCAGGUUAGUGCCCAGGGUUGGGACCAUCUGCACUGGACCCAGAUGUGCUUCCCACAGGAAAUGGAGCAUGACAUGAGCAAGGCAUGGAGCAGACUCAAGCCCCAAGCCUUACUCCAGGAGCAGCCCAGCAGCGUUGAACGACUGGGUGGUGAGGUGGAGCCCUCUGCCCCUUCAGAGCCCCACAGCACCCUGCUGCAGGGCAGCCAGCUCUACGCUGUCAUUGACGCGGUGCCGGUGAGGCGCUGGAAGGAGUUCAUGCGGGUGCUGGAGCUGCGGGAGGCUGAGAUUGAUCUGGUGGAGCUAGAGGUGGUUCACAUCCGUGACCAGCAGUAUGAGAUGUUGAAGCGCUGGUGCCAGCAGACCAGUGCCACGCUUGACCGUGUCUUUGCUGCCCUGGAGCGCAUGGAACUGGCCGGCUGCGCCGAAGCGCUGCGCCAGAGGCUGCUGGAGGGACCCUGACCCUGGCACUGCCACCUGGCACCUUCCUGGGUGCCUCAGCCAACCCAUACCCCUAAGUAUUGUUACUUAUGACGUGUAGACAUUUUAUGUCAGUUUUAUGUCCCCUCCCACCGCCCUCUCCUAUUUAUGUCCCCCAGCUCGCAGAGCCAGGGGGACCCUGCACCCUGGCACGUUGGCUGCCAGGCUGCUUGUGGGAUGAGUGGGUGCUGACCCUGCCAAAAACCCAUGGGAUAGUUCUCGAGGCCGCCCGCUGCCAGGCGUGCCUGCCCCUGCCCCAAUAAAGUGGUGUG